AUGAACAUCCAGCAGGCGGUGGAAGACAAGGAAGCAGCUGGGAGCACAGCAGCAGCAGACACGGAGGCGGCUGCGGCGGCGGCGGCGGCGGCGGCGGCGGCGGCCGCGCCGGGUGGCGGGCCCCGGCCUGCAGCCCGCGCUGGCGCUGGAGGGGCAGGGGCGCGUGACGUCAGCGCGGCCCGCGCGGCCUCCACUCCAGUCGGCAUGCUGCUCAGGGGCGUCCGGCGCGCCGCGCCGCUCUGCUGCGCGCUGCUGCUCGCCGUCUCGGGGUGCUGGUGGCAGCCAGCCGGGGGCGCGCAGUCGGCGGGCGCGCAGGUGUGCCGCACGUUCGCGGGUCUGACGCGCGAGCAGCAGGAGGUGUGCCAGCGGCGGCCGGCCGCCACCAGCGUCGCCAUCCAGGGUCUGCACCACGCCGUCCAGGAGUGCCAGUUCCAGUUCCGACACCACCGCUGGAACUGCUCCUCGCUAGCCACCAAGAACCGCAACCCGCACGCCAGCGUCCUACUCCAGCGGGGGUACCGCGAGUCGGCGUUCGCGUACGCCAUCUCGGCGGCCGGGGUGGCGCACGCGGUGGCGCGUGCCUGCAGCCUGGGGCGCCUGCUCGAGUGCGCAUGCGCCGCGCCGGGCGGCCGGCGCCGAGGCGGGAGCCAGUGGCAGUGGGGCGGCUGCUCGCACAACAUCGACUUCGGCGUCCGCUUCUCGCGGCUCUUCCUCGACGUGAGGGAGCGCGCAGGCGACCUGCAGUCGCGGAUCAACCUGCACAACAACCAGGCCGGCCGCCUCGCGCUGUCGAGCAACACAGUGCUGCGCUGCAAGUGCCACGGCAUGUCGGGCAGCUGCGAGCUGAAGACGUGCUGGCGCGCUGUGCCCGAUUUCCGGCGAGUCGGCGACGCGCUCAUGGCGCGCUUCCGCACCGCAGUCCUCGUCGACCAGUCCAACCUGGGCAGCGGUUCUCCUCUGACGAUCGCCGAACACAACACGAGACAGCCGUCGUCCGGUGAGCGGAGCGACGAGGCGAAACCGGGGGCGCGGUCGCCCACCUUCUGCGAGCGCGACCCCUCAGUCGACUUCCCGGGCACGGUGGGCCGGCGCUGCAACCGCACCUCGACGGGAACCGACAGCUGCGCCUCGCUGUGCUGCGGGCGCGGCUACGACGUCUUCCGGCAGCGGCGCGUCGACCGCUGCAACUGCCGCUUCCAUUGGUGCUGCCGCGUAGCCUGCCAGAACUGCACCAUCGAGGAGUGGGUCACCGUCUGCAAGUGACGCCGCACCGGCGUCCCACCCGUCUCUGCUGACCGCAGUCCCUGCAGCGCACGCUGCGAGGUCGUCACGUGUGUCGCGACGGCGCUUCUGACGGUACUCGCCCCACUGCGAACCGAGCGUGUCCGAGAGCCGCUCGACAAUCCACGAGAAGAACGCGUCUUGUCGCACUAAUUAGAGGGGUACUUCCCGAUGCAAAGGCCCUUUCUUAAAUACAUACAAUGUAUUCGAGAUCUUCACUGAUUAUCUAACGUGCUCACCGUCACGUUUCUCCGUAGGCAAAUCCCCACAUCUGCUUUCCAGAGGUUUCUAAUAAUUCAAAGACGCGCGAUGCAUUAACGUUCUAAUACCCUUUCGAAGCAGGUAACUUACUUCUCAGCAGCAUGGCUAGCAAUGUGUGAAUUAUUCCUUAAGUGUUACUAUUCAAUUUGAUGAGAAACACGCCGAGUAAAGCAACAACGGCGAAUGAAUCACAGCUUUCCAACGAAAACCAAAGCCAAAAAACGGUCGCUCAGUGGCUAGCCUAACAUACAAUUUCGUACACCAUCUCAUUACCCAAACCAACACGUUUGUUGAAACAUUUCGACGUGUCUGCACAGAUCUCGGCGUCGGAUAGAAACACGUUCAUUUGGACAGCGCAACAUACUAAUGUGUAAAAAAUUAUCUAUUGUGAUCUUUUAGCUUUCUUCGCGAAAAUAACGACCAUCAUGUCUCUGUGAUUAUCAGCCGGCUUGAUAUUCUCAUUUUCCUUCCACGAUAUUUCUAAAACAUCCCUAUUUGAAUGCGUCAUCUGUUAGAUGCAGAAGUGGUUGAACGAAAACUGUAACAAGGAUGCCCUCUAGCGAUUUGUAUUAUGAAUAUCAGAAGAAGUUAGCCUCAUCGUGGCAGUAAAUGGUGUUCACAGAAUUCAAGUCAGGACUUCGUCGCUUUACCACCGUAAUACUUAACUUGUUACGUACUUUAUCCAAGCCGGCCGGAGUGGUCGUGCCGUUCUGGGCGCUACAGUCUGGAGCCGAGCGACCGCUACGGUCGCAGGUUCGAAUCCUGCCUCGGGCAUGGAUGUGUGUGACGUCCUUAGGUUAGUUAGGUUUAAUUAGUUCUAAGUUCUAGGCGACUGAUGACCUCAGAAGUAAAGUCGCAUAGUGCUCAGAGCCAUUUGAACCAUCUGAACUUUAUCCAAACGUAGUUUUGUAGACGUCACACAAGAUUUCUCUGAUGUCUUCUGAGGACCUACAUUUUUCUACUACAGAUGAGCGACAGACAGAAAGUGACGUGCUUAGUCUCUCACAAAAUAAUUUUUCCAUAGCAUAAAACGACGUGAGACACCUUUAGUGUGAUACUAAUGACAAAGUCUAUACACGAAUGUUCGAAUAUUGACUUCUUUUGUUAGUUGCAUUUAGUUGCGAAAGUAAAAUCUUUGAUAAACCUCCGAUCAGCCUCUCUCAGCCGAAUGUCCUUGCUUACAUGUAAACCCAUGAUAUGUCCGUCCACUUGCGUUAAAAUAAUGGUAAUCAUCGGUAAUAGUCAACCACGUCGCUAAUUAGCUGUAACAGCUUACCAUCGAAUUCUGCAGAUGUGAGGAAAACUAUUUUAUUAACAUCAGUAUUAAUACAUUUUAGUUUUAAUUCAUCAGUGUGUACUGCCUCCUUUCUUAUCACUCCACCCUCCCCCAUAAACACGUCAUUAACAGCUACUUUCCAUGAUUUUUUGCGUCCAACUUUCGGAGCUUACUUCCAAAAAAGCUAACUUCAGAAUAAACACUUUAUAAUCUGCACUAGGAGCGAAAAUAAUUAUAUUGUAGCAAUUUUUGGACGGAGAUGAAUAUAAUACCAAAGAUGCAAGUUUCAUCACUGCGCAAGAAGCGUUAAUACUAAAAAAUACAUCAGUUACGAAAAAUAAGCACUACUUUAACGAGAAAUCAAUAUACAUAGGUCAAACAGAAGAAAUUCUCUGCCGUGAACAGUGCUUACAGACGACUCUAUUAUUAUACGUUUACAACAAAAAGUUUAUAAUCACAAGUUAUAAUGAUGAGCUUACUGAAGAGGAAUUAUCCCUAGGUAUACUGUCUUGGUGUUUCACUUCUUUGUGAAGUUGAUAAAUACAUACUCCAACUAUGAACCUAAUAGGGAGCACGAAGAAUACUUUGUACGACAGAUUUUGUCGUAAGACACGUGUGAAUUAGCUCUGUGCGUUUCCUUCCCAACGAUGUCCUUCACUCCAAACCACUAGCAUGUGGGAAACAGAAACAUGUAGGGCGUAUGAUUCUGUAAUGUAAUCAUGUACGUAAAUUUUGCCCUGUUGUUUCAUUUUAAAUCAACGACUGCCAAAGAAAUAGACUUGUACAAACUUAUCCACGUCUGAAUACCUAUUUCAUACAGACACAAAGUGAACUAUGUAUCAGUAGCAUAGAGUCGUUGGUUAUUUUCCAGUUUUUAUAACUCAUGUACAUUUUAAUGGGGCAUAUUUACCUGGUUUUCUGAAUUGUCCGUAAUGUCAUUACUACCAGUGCUCUGCUAUCACUUUCAGGACUUUGUUGUUUUACCACGGUAAUAAGGCAAUGGCGUAGACAUCGCAGAAGAUUUCUUUCAUGUCCCCUGAGGACCGACAUCAUCGUAAUUAUAAUGAGCCUCGAAUGAAAAGAUACGUACUUUACGUCUUACAACAUAAUUUUUCUAUAGUACCAGCUGCAAUGAGAAUACAGCGCUUAGCGAGUUCAAUAUUAACCAGAAGGACAUGGGUGAAGACAUUUUCAGUAUAAAUAAAAAUACUUAAGUUUAUACCUACAUAGAAGGUGGGUGAAGAAAGAGCGUGUUACUUUCGUUACGCUAGUGUAUUUUUUAUGUUAGGAAGAACUCCGCUAACAGCUGGUAAAAUUUUUGUUUAUUAUAACAUAACCGGUUUUGCAGCUUUAAGCCUCUUCAUCAGGUGCAACAACGUUAAAAGAUCAUAGGCGUAACUAUCGCUCCCAAGUCUUCUUUACCUUUCGCUCGCCGAGGUGUUUACGGUAUUCUCUAGACAGUAAAUUUUGACUAUGAGCGAUGGGUAUGCCUAUGAUCUUUUAACGUUCUUGCACCUGAUGAUGCGGCUUUAAGCCGCGAAACCGGUUGUGUUUUAAUAAACAGCUACAACAAUUUUACCUGCUGUUAGCGGAGUUCUUCCUAACAUCACAGAUGGGGUGUGAUGCCUUAGUUACUACUUUGGACAGCUACGAUCUGUAAACUGUAAAAAGGUAUUUCUUCAGUGUUCCAUCAUAUUCGAUGUAUAUAAUGCAGAGU